AUUACUGUGGCAUAUGUGAUUGGAAUCACUUGAACCACUUCUCUCCAAUCCGCACGCAAAUUCAACCCAUUAUCCUUAAAAUCGAACCACUCCAAACUCAUACGCCAGUCCACAGUCCAGAAUGACGCCCCUCAGUACACCACCCGUACCAUUGGACAUCCGAUAUGCCCACGCAUCGGACCUGGCUGCCCUCGUGCGCGUGGAGAUCCGCUCGUUCCCGGCGUCCAAUUACAUGCGCAGCACAUACAAGGGAUGUGAUCCGGGGGCCGUCCACACCUUUAAAACCGUCUGCGCCCUCGAGUACUUCGCCAAACCCGAGUGCCAUAUCCUGGCGGGUGUCCUUGGGAGUAGUAGUGACAUCAUCGCCUACGGCCGCUGGCAUAUCCCCGCGAUUUAUGGGUGCGAGAGAACCGUGGACACCGGUCUGAGCAGCGACGCGCAAGCGCAGAUGCGGGAUAUGUGGGCGUACGCCCCGAAGUUGGUGAACAGGGGUACCUACUCGUUCUACGAAGGAAUGAUCACGCGGAGUACGAGCGUUCAUCUCAGGAACGCUGAUUUUGUCCUGGAGCUGUUGUGCGUCCUACCGGAGUACCAAGGGAUGGGAAUUGGGAGUGCAUUCCUCGAAUGGGGCAUCGAGAAAGCAGACGCCCGUAACGCCCGGAUCUACCUGGAGGCGACGAUGGAAGGUGUACCGUCGUAUUUGAAGCAUGGGUGGGAGGUCGUCGAGGAGGUAGAGCUGGAUUAUACAGAGCGUGGUGGGGAGGGGAGUCAGAGAUUCGCAUCGAUGAUUAGAGAGCCCCAGGGCACUGGGGGUUGGCUUGAAUGAGAAUGGUUCUAUCAUCAUCGACCUACUGUUAGAUCUAUUGGCUUAGAUAGGAGUCUAUACAGAUUCGCC